AUGCUUCCUGUUUUAAAAUAUAUUAUUUUUCAAAUAUCUCUUUACAGAACACCAACUUAAAUUUCUAUUCUGGUUUAAUUAUACUCAAGAAAUAAUAUAUGUAUAUAUUUGUUAUAAUGUAGAUUUUAACAGUUUGGAACCAACACAACCAAAAAUCUAUAGAACUGUAUAAUAUAUUCAAAAUUUACUCAACAUCCAAUGAAAUGGUCAAUGACCUCACCUCCUCUUAUUAUAGAUUCAUAAUACAAUAAAAUGCUGUGAUGCAAUAUUUUUAUAACAACAACUUAAUAAUUCUAUAUUUCUAUCAAAAUAUCAACGCUUAAUACACACCUUCUAUCUAAGUUGUCAUAUGUAUUUAUUUAUCUAGUUAAGUCUAUUCUAAUUGCUGUUGAGCUCAUUUCAUCACCCUCAAAGUAAAAAUUUAAUGUUUAAAAUAGAUGCUUUAUUUUACAAAUUUAUGGUUCUCUAAGAAACAUCACUACAAUUUUAUCAAAUCUAUCUCUAAUCACAUCUAUAUGAUGAAUUGUGA